AUGACCACAGAGAGUUUUGCAGAGUUCCUGAACAAGCUCAAGGAAAUCCAUGAGAAAGAGGUCCAAGGUCUGCACAGCAAGCUGACGGAGCUGACGACGGAGAAGUGCCGUGAUGCUCAGAGAAUUGAAGAGCUGUUUGCUAAAAAUCACCAAUUGAGAGAACAACAAAAGGUCCUUAAAGAAAAUGUAAAGGUGUUAGAAAACAGGCUGCGAGCAGGUCUCUGUGACAGAUGCAUGGUCACCCAGGAGCUGGCCAAAAAGAAGCAGAAUGAGUAUGAGACUUCCCAUUUCCAGAGCCUGCAGCACAUCUUCAUCCUCUCUAAUGAGACAAAUCGCCUGAGGGAAGAGAACAAAACUCUCAAGGAAGAACUGAAGAAGCUCCGGAGCCUGGAGGACAGGGCAAAGAACCCAGGAGUCACCUCCAGAGAAAGCAGCUCCACACCAAGCUCCCCAUUGCCUUUACUGUCCCCGGUGAGCAGAACUGUUGGCAGCGAGAAAGGAGCUCACAGGGAAGCAGAAGAAGCCCACCAUGAUGUGGCAGACCUCGAACUGGGAGAAGCAAAGCCUGCAGCACAGAGAAGCUCUCCAAGCAGCAGGACUUCCCCAGGCACUGCCCUCCAAGAAGUCAGCCUUGCAGAAAUGGCAUCCCAGAGGAUUUCCAACCAGCUGCAUGGAACCAUUGCCCUCGUGAGACCUGGUUCCAGGCCCUGUGUCCUGGAAAAGAGCCACUCAGGGACAGCAGUGUCACCACCAGCAAGGAAGACUCCUCUCCCUCCGGAGCGCGAGCACAGCCCCAGCCUUGAGGCUUAUUUAACAGCAAGCAAACUGGACUCCCCCAGGGCUGCUCCAUCCUACGAAAACCUAAAACUGACCACCCGGAGAGAGCAGCUCUGCCUCCUCCACAAGCACCUUUCCCUGCACCAGCUAGGGCUGGCGAGUCACUGCACCUCGGCUGAGAGGGAUGGCAGCAGCUUCUCCAGCCAUUUGCUCAGGACCAAAGAUGCCGAGGGCAGGACACGGUCACGCGACGGCUGGGAAGAUCACGCAGCCUUGCUGAAGCUCCCUGCCACCAUGGUGUACGUGAGGGAUCAGCACCUGGAAGAAAAACUGCACCUCCUCAAGCACCGGGAGCGGCUGCAGCACCUCCUCAUGCAGCAGUGCCAGCCAGGCCAGCGGGCAGAGGGAGACACCAAGCUCACACCUGAGGAGCGGCCCCUCUCCCCGUGGCUGAGCAUCGCGGCGGGAUGCAAGGAGGAAAGGUCCUUCCUGGAGGAUGCCGCGGAUGGGAAGGAAGAGAAGGAGCUUUGGCUGAGCCGAGACCGCCCCGAGCUCCGAGCAAAGGUGAAGGAGGCAAGGGAUGACGAUGCAGACACGCCACUGGAUCUGUCAGACUCCGGCCGUGGCAGGGAAACAGACUGGCACCACCGCCGGGAGCUGCGGGGCUGCGGCAGCCCUGGGGAGAGCCCUGCUGAGCUGACAGCCCGCGGCCCUAGUGGGAGGCACAGGGCACAGCGGGACGACCUGCGCUUCCCUUACCACUGGCCCAGUGCCACCCGGGCACUGCCUGGUGCUGCCAAGCAGGAAGAGGAGGAGGAAGAGGAUGCAGCUGUGCUCGCGCUCUCACGGGCACAUCUGACAAACAACUCCACACCGAGCAACCCGGAGGCCCUUCCUGAGUCUGGGGUGAGACGGGAUGUGAGUGCACAGAAGGAAGAACCAGAUGACAACGAUGCUGAGUCUGGGAAGCAGGAAUCCGAUGAGCCAGACACAACGGACAGCGAGGGGGCUGCCCCAUAUGAAGAUGAGAUCCUACGAGAAGCCGAGGCUGAUGGGAAAUACUUUUGCACCAAAGACAAAGCUCAUGUGCAGCAGAAGAAGAGAAAAAGAGGACAGGAUCUUUGGCUGAAAGGAGCUAAGAAGUCAAUGAGAGGAAGAAAGAAAAUCAAAGUGGAGCAAUGCUCAGUGGGGAUCACAAAGGAACUGGAGAAUUGCUCUGCAUCCCACAACGAUACCUCUGAGGAGAGUUAA